AUGAAUCACGGCGGUAUGGAUCACGGCGGACAUGGUGGUAUGGACCACGGGGGCAAGGAUGCUGGCUCCGCAUCUUGCAGCAUGAACAUGGUAUGGAACUACGACACAAGGAAUCUGUGCAUCCUCAGUUCUUCGUGGCGAAUCACGACGCCUUUAUCGCUCUACACGUCGCUCGUGAUCAUCGCUCUUGCCGCUAUGCUCUAUGAAUGGCUGCGCCUGUACAUUCGACAACUGGAUGCACGUCUUGCACGGGCGUCAAUUACUUCACCUCUACUCUCAGCGACACACAGACGACGUGCGUCGUUACUCCCCACUUCAAGCGCCCCAAGUUCCGGCAGCAGUGCAGCAGUCAGCGAUCGUCGUUCGGUAAGCAUGUCCAAACGUCGUGCUUCCAACACCUCAAUCAGCCUAACGCCUACGCGUCAACCAUGGAUCAAACCGCUAGAGACAACAAGAAUCGUGCAAACCUGGCGCUCAACACUGUACGCCACAUCGAUCCUCAUCAGCUUCCUGCUCAUGCUGAUAAGCAUGACUUUCAACGCUUACGUGAUUGCAGCUAUCGUCAUCGGUGCUGCGUGUGGCCAUUAUUGGUUCAACCGCGAUCUGUCUUCCAGCGGCGCGCUGUUGGGUGGUGCCACUGACGACAAAGGGUUGGCUUGUCAUAUGUAA